AUGGCCUUGCGCUUCGCCGGCAAGCACGCCGUCGUCGUCGGCGCCACCGGCGUCAUCGGCUCACGCGUCGCCUCCGCGCUCUCCCGUCACGGCGCCGCCGUCACGCUCCUCGGCCGGAGCGCCCUCACCCAGCGCGCGCGCCUCGAGCCCCUCCUUGAGCCCCUUCCUUCCUCGUCCGAGUCGGCGCACAGGUUCAUCAAGCUGGACGUGCAGGACGCGGCGAGCAUCAAGGACGUGUUCGCCGGGCGAGGCACGGGAGGGGAGGCGGUGGGACAGGUGGACGUGCUGGUGAACUGCGCGGGUAUCUCGCAGACGACGUUUUUGAAGCGCACGCCGGACGAGGAGCUGAGGCGUGUCGUGGACACCAACUUGCUGGCGACCAUGUUGGUCUGCAAGCACGCCAGGAUGCAACCCCACGGUUGCAUCAUCAAUGUAUCCAGCCUCAUGGCCACGCACGGCGGCUUCGGUGCCACCGCGUACGCUGCGUCCAAAGCUGGUCUCAUCGAUCUCAAACCAGAACUCCAACAAGCAUAUCUAAAAGACACUCCUCUCAGCCGGGUUGCGGAUCCGGACGAGGUCGCCGAUGCGGCUGUGUUUCUCGCAGCCAAUCAGUUUGCCAACAACUGCAUCCUGAAUCUCGACGGCGGUCUGAGCGCCGCAUAG